GAUCGUUUGUGUUUGUACGUGGUGUACGAUCCCGAUCCAUGCGCCAAUUAGUAUGCUUCUGCCACUAUUACUACUAUUACUACUAUUACUACUGCUACUGUUGCUACCAUUAGUACUACUACUCAUGUCACCGCCACCAACGUUCUACUACUAUUAGUGCCAUUAUGACGAUGGCUACUACGAUUAGCUACCGAUGUGAACCGCACGUCUUCGCGAGUUUCUCGCGUCUCGCGUCCCCUGUGGCUAUGAUUUACACACCUUUCUUUUGCACGUAUCGUACGUACCGCGUCACGUCACACAACCAACCAACCUAACACAAAAAAAACACAUCAAUUGUAAACACAAACGUUUCCCUUUACGCCGAAGGGUUUGUGGUUGGUCCUGGGGAGCCCACGCACAGUGGCGUGUGGUACUAACAAGAAGAACCUUUGCCCUUUUGCCUGCCUGCUACCUACUGUCACCUACUGUCAACCAUUGUUUUGGCAUAAUACGUUUCCACAUGGCCUACGACACACCGAGAGACAUACACAGAGCAACACCCAACAGCCAUGAAUCAAUGCGCGAUUCGUCCGUUGGGCGCGUUUGUUGUUGUUGCGAGUGCACAGCCACAACCUUUCAAUUACUGUUAAUGCGCGCUCGGUUCUAGUAAGCAAAUCGAGAGUCGAGCGAGACAAAAAGAAGACAAAAUUAACAAAAAGCAAAACCAAAAAAAAAAAGAAGAGAAGAGAAAAAAAAGGUUGUUAAACAGUUAAACUGCCUCCUCCAUUCUCCAUCUGUCACGCACUCCGGCCGCAUUCAAGGGCAGUCGCCGCGAGUGGCCGCAGUCUCGCAGGUGUUUCAUCCAAUCCCCCAAAGAGAUUUGGAGAGCCGGGGGAUGGAGGAUGGGCUCGCCAUGUUCAUGUCAAUCACGUUUUAUCGAAAUCGUACAUUCACCGUAGAAAGUGGGGAGGGGAAGGGAGGGGGAUCGCAGGUGUAUCGAUUUUAAUGUAUCCUCCUCCCUUGUGCGCUAGCGAGCUUUUUAGGAUUUAGCGCCGACCAAAUCCUUGGUGUGGCACAGGACGCACGCACAAACCGCGCAGUUGGUUCAGCCUGUCAAGAGUGAGACCCACUGGGGCAAGGGUAGCGGGACACUGCGAUCGAUUACGUUUUGCCGUUGAAAAGAUCGGGCUAUAGUAAGCCAAACUUUGCGCGAGGGAUAUCGUCGCCAAGAGGCGAUUCGUUUUAGUCCAGCGAUCCCGUACUCCCCCCCCCAUUCGGAUUAGCCUCGCUCUCCCUAUAAUCUUGUGAAGAUCUUGUGAAGCAGUAGUAAAAGCUGUGUGUAUCGUAUCUGCCGUACUAAUAUAUAGAGGGCAUCUUUUAAGAGUCAACACUCCACUUUCAAAAACCAGUUCAAAUCGAAAGCGAAUAUAACCAACCAGCAAGCUGAACAAGGGCCAGCGGCUUUCUUGUAGAGUAGAUCCGGAAUAUACUGUACUGGACGGAUUUUCUGCUGGCACCACACAGGCCACCAACUAUAUUCUGCUUCAGAACUAUCAGACCAGCCUGGACACUCCGCUCCACUAGGACACAGACACACAAAAGACACUUACAUUACAAAUAGUCAGGCAUAUAAAUUCGGUCAGACUUUAGAUCAGAGUCAGAAAGGAGCCGAGGAGCACUUAAGGUAUGGGCAUGCGACGAGGUUGCGGGACACGACACUUUAAAACAAUCUGGAUGGAUGAAUGAACCGCGUAAACGGUCAAAAUUGUAUCUAAUUGGCUAUUUAUACCUAGUAAGAGCAUAUAUUUCCGUAGUAGUGGGGGGCAAUGGUUUAGGAUCUUAAAUAAUCGGUCAAUACUUGACGCUCUGUUCGAACACUUCACAGUACACCAGAGAGAGAGAGAGAGAGAGAGAGAGAGAGCAAGAGGGAGGGAGGAAGAGAGAAAGAGCAGCAUAGCGGUCCUCACCGGCCGAGUAGAACAUGUUCUUUAUCGAGAAGGAUUUUCGUUUUUUAUUUCGGUAACCAACUACCACCGUCGACAGCGACUGGUUUUGGUUGUUGUAAUUUUGCGGUCAGUCGCGGUGCAUAACAUCCAAAAUUGCUGCCCAAACUUUGGUUUUGCGUUCACUGCUAACUUUGAUUUAAUUUAUCACAUACACAGCUGACAGAGGUAAGAAUGUGGAAGUACAGAAUCAAUUGGGCUUUGCUUUGGAUGAGGCACGAAGGACAGUUCAUUUGGUGAAUGAUUUUGUUAAUGAUGGAUGAUAAAUAGAUGAAUAAGUUACAGCAGCACGUGGGAGCGAAAAUCGAAUUACACUCAAACUUGAACACAAAAAAAAACACACACAGUACACACUUUGUAGAAGCUUCCGUAUAUAUUCAAUUACAAAAAAGAGAAAUCAACAAAAA